UUGCCGAGGCCGACGUCUCCAAGAGCGGCUCCGACAGCGACUCCAACAGCGGCUCCGGCAGCGGCUCCGACGAGGUCGGCAAGUACGAGUUCCUGAAGAACUACCGCAAGGGAUUGCGCGAGCAAAUCGAGCGAAACAGGAUCCUGCGGGGAUAUGCAGCAGAGGAGAGCCCGAUGGAUGAGGGCGACGGCGCUAUCCCUGAGGAGGAGGGCGAGUUUGCCGAGGAGGACGGCGUGGCAUCCAGUCGCUCGGGCCCGCCAUCAGACUGGGGCUGCGGCGAUAUCCAGUACUGCGCCUGCCAGUGCGAGGACAUGCGCCAGCAGGUUCGGGCAGAGAUGGACGUGCAUAGCUUGGGCUUCGCCGACCAGGAAGAGCGAGAUCGGCAGGAACACGUGCAGGCUGAGCCGAGUCGCAACGUUGGGGGAUAUCGGCGGAGCACGACCGCCUCGGCUGCGAAGGCAGGUCAGCUUGAGGCGGCGGAGGCUGCACGACGCCAGUGCGACGAGGACAUGGCGGGCCGGGGUCAGCUGGCGGCGAUCCGCAGUACUCUCAAGUGGCAAUCAGCUGCAGCAGCCCUCCAAGACGUACCAGUGUACUUGCGUGGGAAGGACCCCGCGAAAUACAAGCGGAUCGCCGUGGCGUUGCGCGCGGACUGGGCGAGAGUACCGCACUCGUGCAAUGACCCCGACGCGCGGGAGAAGGAGAUGAGGCUUCUGGACAAGAGGAACGGGAUGAUAAUAGAGCGCCUCGUGGCGGGCGCUCCCGUCUUCUACUCGAGCUCGGGGAACAGCAUGUGGCCUCUGGUGCAGUCGGGCGACCACUGCCUCUUCCACCCGAUCCAGGCGAUGACAGCGAUGGACGGGCCCCCCCGCGUCAUCGAGAAGGACGAGUCCCCCAUUGCCGUCGGGGACGUGGUGUUCUGCCGCGUCGAGCCGACUCACCAGUACUACGCCCGCUUUGUGCGCCACGCAGAGUGGGGCAGCUGCCGCCUGGAGAAUAAGUAUUGGAUCGGCGGCCUCCAAGUGCGCCGCAACUGGAGGCCGUGCAACGGCCACUGCUUUCGUCGUGACAUCUUCGGCAUCCUGAUCAAUGUCUACGUCAACGUACGCGGGCGAUACCACAGGAGGCCCCACCCGCAGCUUCUGUACAAUAAGGUUGCGCCCCUGGUUGCGCAGGGCGAGUGGAGCAACGCGGCCGAGAGGGUGUGCGAGGCGGAGUCAGACUCAGACAUGGAGCCGCCCGUGCCCGUCCACGAGGAUGAUACUGAGACUGCUGCCGCAUUGGCGGAGCUUCGCAGUGUCCCCGACGGCGGGCAGCGCCGCCGCAGGAUGGCGCCCCGACAUGCUGUAGAGCAGGUCCCACAUCGCCGCCCUGCUGUGGAGUGGGUCCCCCCGGUCACCGACAG